GGUGGAGCGGACUGGGAGCCCCGGGGCUAUGGCCCGGCAGAGCCCGACAGCGGUGUGGAGUCGCUGGAGCCGGGGUCAGGGGUGUGGAACUGUUGGAAGGGGCUCGCAGAGGCUCUCAGGUGAGAGACGGCCUGAGCAGUGGGAGAGCACGGAGGUCAGGAUCCUGGGAAUGGCAGAGGGCUGGGGAAGGUGGUGGGAACGGUUGGUUAGGGUGGCCAGGAUGGUUCUCAGCACCUUGCCUAGGGGCCAGAAGGUAAAGAGGGCUGGGUGGGGACUCCUCACUGCCUCUCCAAUUGCCAAGUCGUGUUUGCCUUGGUGUCUUGUGCUGAAACAUUUCUGCUGUCGCUCCAUCACACUUUGAGUUGGUGAUGCCUUUGCCCAUCAAGUCUUGCCAUGUCCCUCAAAUAUCCUUGACCUGUUGUAAUGGUUGUUGUGACACAUGCACGCUUCAUUUCUAUGGCAUGAUCCUCAUGGUGACCACAACAUGGAACAAGGGUGCUGGGAAGACUUUGAGGUACUCUGUGGCAAGAUCUUGGAUCCCUGUUGGCUGUGACAGCAUCUGUCCAAGGGCAGGGCUUCGCUUCCAGGGUAUUUCACUGUUCUGCAUGAGGAAGGCACUGCCUGGCCUGUUGGCCCAUCCACCACGGUUCAGCCUUUGGUGGAGCACCAAAGCUGGAUUCGUUUGUGCCAAAGUGUUGUUUGGGCACAUUGUUGGGCCAGAGUGCUGCCUUGGCACCCUGCACUGCUGUGGCUCAGAGAGGUCUGUCCAGGGGACAUCCAGGAACUGUCAUUGUCUCUUGGGUGAGGUUUGGCUGUGGAGCACCUCUGCUGUGACACUGCACAGGUGUGAUGGGGCCCUGAUCUUCCUGAGCAGUGCAGAAGGUGGUCUUUGUGUUGUGUCAUCUGCUCAUUCUUCGAUCUUUCAGAGGCAUAACUUGCAGGACAAAUCUGUUUCCAUCUGUGCUGCUUCCCUCUGGCUACAGCUGGAGUUUGUGGAAAAUGGCCCCAUGGCCAAGGAGUGUGGACAAGGCAGAGGAAGCAGGAAUGCUUCUCGCUGAAUCUGAAAUAUGUGUUAGACUGGCUCAGGAAUCUAUGUUAGUUAAUAAAGAGUAACACUGGAAAGGGAAAUUUCUUUUUUUUUCCCCUCACUUUUUUGCAAGAGUGGUUUCAGUCUGGAGGGUUUUCUCAGGGGAGACACAGCUGGCCUCACAGUGAGAAACGCCUUUGUCAGGGCAGAAAGCUCAGACUCUGCCUUUGCCCUUGUUUCCUAAAUGAUGGCUGAGCUUCAUUCCAUUUGCUCAAAUCCUUGAGUCCACACCUAAGGAGGGAGUGCAGGAGUCAUCCAGAAAUACAAACAUGAGAGUGCGUAGUUGACCAACCUCUGUGUAACUUCUGAGAGGAAAGUUACUCUUAAGCCUGAGCAGCAGAAACUAGCAGGAGGAAAGUGGCACUGGGGAUGGUAAAGUGAGAUCAAAGGAAUUUAAUCUCCCUUUUUGCCCCCCAAGAUUAAAUGCCUCAUGGGCAUAGGAGCCAGUUUCCAACAUCACAGUGCACUGUGAGAGUAACUGGAGUUCCCCACUGCUACCUUUGAUGGUGAUGGAAUCCGUCAGCAGCAGGAAGAGCAGUGACACCCUGGCCCACAGCUGUUCUCUGUGUUGCUGGUGCGUGCCAUGCUCUUGCAUUUCUGCCUCCUGUGUGGUGUUUGGAUUUGAAGUGUCAGGCUGCACCUACCUCACCUUCAGACCAAGUAGCUCCACAUCCUGUGGCUCUGGCAAUCAGUGCAGUCAGCAAUAUUCUGUCAUCAGUUACGUUUCCAAGCCAGACUUGCCUUUCUCUCCUGUUCCUUUGACUCUUGUUUCUGUGGUCUUCUGGAUUUGUAAAUAAUCUGAGGGAUUGCUCCGUUACACCUGUGUUUAAAUUUAUGCAGGGAGUGGGCCAUUUGCUUUGUCUAUCACCUGUUUCUUGUUUCCUCAGCCCUAGCACAGAGUGCUGGUUAUUCCAUGGUGACUCCAGCAUUCCCACUUGCUCUGGUGCUCCGUUACUGCUUCGGAUAAUUAAACUCCUGAUUAGUUAUGGAAUUGUCACCCUGUUGUAGUGGCCAAUCCUCUUACUUUCGGCACCUGGUUAUUAAUAGGAGAUCUCAUGGCUCCUGAAGUAUUCUUGACACCUUUUCAAGCCAGCCCAUCCAUGUCAACAGCUUCAGCCUUUGUUUUCAGAGGCCUUAUUGAUCCCCAGGCAAGGAGGAGCCAUUGAUCUACACAUCAUUGUCUGAGCCAAGUGAGUUCUGCAGAUUGUCCAGGACCCGGAGGGAGUAUGGGUAGACCACACCCUUUCCAUGAAACCACGGUUGUUUGCUUGGAAGGAUUUAUCCAAGAGGGUUUUGUACUUGGUCACAUUCCAGCAAAACCCAACAGAGGCACAUUGACACUUUCCCGACUUACAGAGCCAUUUCCUGGUAUGACCAUCCUCAAAAUGGACUCUGUCCCCUUCUCCUUUCAUCAUCCUGUCACUUCUCCCUUCUCUUUUUGUGUGCACAGUUGUAGGGCUCUGUCUGGAGCCAGAGUGGUCUCAGUGGGGCUUAUCUUGGGGGAUGGUGGGCUGGAGGCAUCUUCUUCAUUGUUCUGGAAUUUCCAGUCUCUGUGUUGAUAGUUGAAGGCACUAACUCAGAACCCACACUCUGUGGUGGCCUUUUUUUGGUGAAUACUUUGCUUUGUUGUUAGAGGAUAGAUUUUGAUGUGAAGCUAUACUGUGUUUUCUUAAAUAAGUUGUAAGAGGCCCAUACUGGAAACACUGUAAAUGUUCCAACUCCCACUGAAUAAGUGAGGAGUGAUGGUGCACAGCUGAGAUUGUUGCUGGCUGAGGAUCCUACAGAGAUGUCACUGGGGACUGGGGGACUGACACUGGGAUUUUCUUCUGCAGUCAGGUGCUCUCAGUCACCCAAAAGCUUUGAUUGUUUACCUGUUUGCUCCCUGCCUAGGCUAAACUUGAUGAACAGCAUUUCCAUGCACAGCAGCCGGAGGAGCAGCAGAUGUUCUGUCUGGGUUAUUUUCUUCAGCCCAUGCUGCUGCCUGAACUUGUGACCGAGCACCAAAUGCCACCCUGCAGGUGCCUGUUCUCAGGCUCUGCCUGGCUCAGCCUCUCCCACCUUGCCUGUGCCAUUUGUGGUCCUACCAGACUCCUUCUCUGCCUGCUCAGCUGUUUCUCUGCUCAUGCCCCUGAGCUCCUGAGUGCAGUGGGGCAUCAGGGAGAAGCCAGGGUGUUGUGGCUGGCUGCUCCCUGAAGGGUCAACCCCUAAAAAUGCUGCGCUUGGAUGCGAUAUGUGUGUUUAGAAUAACAGCUGAAGGUCCAGGUCCUUCUUUUAAGUGAACAUGUAAAUCAUGAAGGUCUGAGGUCUUAAACUGGUGGGGGGAUAAGUAGUGAGUAGAGUGCUGGAGGUAAAAUAGAUGGAAUGGAAACACAUGGGCUGAGGGGAAGGCGAGGAGGCCAGGAAAAACUGCUCAAUACACCCGAUGAACUCUUCUCAACAGCACGGUUCCUAACACUGCCCUGUGGGCAUUUGGGCCUCUGUUGGCCGGCAGAGCCCGAGGGUGGUCGCAUACCCAGCCCGUGGCCUAUGUCCUGGAGAGCCCGCCCUUCAAAGCGCAGCAGUUGUGUCAAUGGGCUCAGCUGAUCAUCGACUGAACCUGGCAGAGAUCCUUUCCCAGAACUACGGUGUGAGGGAAGAAAGGGAGGAAGAUGAUACUCAGGAGAAGCAGAAAUCUUUAGAAGAGCUGGAGAAGAGUUUCAGUGCCUCUCAGAGCAGUGAAAUGCCAUUUGAGGAGCUGCUCGCACUGUAUGGCUAUGAGGCAUCUGAUCCCAUCUCGGAGCAGGACAGUGAGAGCAAUGACAUCACUCCCAACCUCCCUGAUAUGACUCUGGAUAAGGAACAAAUAGCGAAGGAUUUGCUUUCAGGGGAAGAAGAGGAGGAGACACAAUCUUCAGCUGACGAUCUGACUCCAUCCGUCACGUCCCACGAUGCAUCGGACUUAUUCCCAAACCAGCCUGGCUCAAACAACUUCCUUGCUGAUGAAGACAAAGAGCCAUGUUCAUCUCCAUGUGCUUCCUCCAUGGCAGAGGAUUCAGAGGUGGAUUCCAUCCCAUCCAAUGAGUGUAAGAAGGAGAUCAUGGUUGGACCUCAGUACCAGGCCACUGUUCCCAUCCUCCGCUUAAACAGGCACAGGCAAAAAGUGCUUUUUCUGUUAGCCUAUGAGAAUGAAGAUCAGCUGCUUUGGGACCCGAACAUCCUCCCUGAGAGGGAGGUGGAAGAGUUCCUGUACCGCGCUGUGAAGCGGCAGUGGGACGAGCUGUCCAGCAGCAGCCUGCCAGAGGGAGAGGUGGUCAAGGACAAUGAGCAGGCUUUGUAUGAGCUGGUGAAAUGCAACUUCAAUGCAGAAGAGGCACUGCGGAGGUUACGGUUCAACGUGAAGGUUAUCAGAGAUGAGCUUUGUGCCUGGAGCGAGGAAGAAUGUAGAAAUUUUGAACAUGGCUUUAGAGUCCAUGGGAAAAACUUUCACCUUAUCCAAGCAAACAAGGUCCGCACCCGGUCGGUGGGCGAGUGCGUGGAGUAUUACUACAUGUGGAAAAAAUCAGAGCGCUAUGACUACUUCACUCAGCAGACUCGUCUAGGAAGGAAGAAGUACGUCCUCCACCCUGGAGCCACGUGCGUGGAAUAUUCUCACACUAAAAUUAGUAAUAUUAACCUCCCAGUGAAGAUUCCUGCUGCAAAGCACCUCCGCUUAACAGACUGCGCUUUCUUCUCCAGAAGGGAUUUCACCGACAAUGACCUGGAUGGGGUUGAAGUGGAAAACACGAAUCGUUCUCGGAGCUCCCCACCAAUUCCCUCUGCAGCUGGCUGCCUGGAUGCUCACUUUGGUCAAGAUCAGAUAGCAAUUGAGAGCACAGAGCCCCUGAGUGUGGAGAGCACGGCCUGCAGCCUGGGCAGCAUCAGCGAGUCGGGGCAGGGCUACGAGUGCAGCACUCCCUCAGAGACAAACUGCUCCUUUGACCCCACGGAGGAGACGUCCUCGGGCGCUGUCCCUGCGCCCUGCCCACGCCACGCUGUCACCCCCUCUGAGCCGGAGCUCUUCGCUUUGCCGCCCGCGGGACCAGGACUGGCAGAGAAGCAGGAGUCGUUGCAGAACUCUGGUGAGACAAUAACCAUGGACUUCACUCUCCCUGCAGACAUUAACGAGGGGUUGCCUUUAAUUGCUGGCCCUGUGGAUUCGGACAGAGACCGUGAGGCAGUGGUGGCCCCUGCGCAAGUGUCCUUAUCGGUCACAGAUUUCGGUCUCAUUGGCAUCGGAGAUGUAAAUACUUUUCUGACUGCUCAUCAGGCUUGCCCAGCACCUGUGGCUCGGUCAGAGCCUCUGUCACAGUGAGAGUCUCCAGUCACAAAUUUGUCACAGACCCAGCAAGGACUUUGACCUGACUGAGUGAAAUUCUGGAACUUCCGCUGUCCUGUAGGGACAGUUUGGAGCUGUUGGUCGGAAUCUGUCUUUCCAUCCUCCUUGAUCCAAGGCUACAGUGAAACCAAACACCUUUCUGCUCCAGUGUAUCCUGACACAAUCGUGCAAAGUGGUGGCUGGCUUUCCUGAGUGGGGAGGUCCAUCACCCCCCUCCUACGCUGACCAUGUGUCACCCCAGGUGAUGCCAGUCUGCUCAGAGAGUCCCUGCCUCGGGACAGGGGACGUGUCCCUUGGCCCCAGCGGGACAGUCUGAGGGCAGAGGUGCUUUGAGAAGAGGGAUGUAUCACCGUCAUGGUGAGGGUGCAGUCUGGGGGUCCGAGAGCUUGGGAGGGCUGCAGGGCAGUUUCCUGCAGAGACGGGCACGGCGAUGCCAAAGGAGGCUGACGAGUCUUGGCCCUUCUCCCAUGGGCAGCGUGUUGCAGUAGGAGCCGCUCACCCCGUCCUUCUCCCAUCAGCCAUGGGUCAUAACAGGCGGGCACACAGCUGCUGCCACCUCCAGCAGCCAGGUGUUCCCGACUCUCCACCAGCUGCAGGUGGGACGUGGCCUGGCCCAGCCCUUGGGCAGAAGCGUCGGGUCUUGGAAAGGAAUGCUGCGUGGUGCAGCAGCGUCGUGUGCACUCGAGUCCUUCUCACCUUCCCAUGCAGUGCUGGGCCAGGGAGAACUUCUGUGGGGAGUAACAGGAGUUUCUAGACCCACAGAGUGAUGCUGGCCCAGAGCUGUGGCGCUGCUGCUUCUGCUGCUGGCAGAGGAUGACCUGAUCUUCACUGAGCCGCUAUGCGAGUGGAUAAAAUGCAGGUGAAAACAUCUCUUAACUUCCCAGUUUGUUCCAACAAUUUGUCAGCAGAGGGAGGAGGUUGCUUAGCUCCUAGGAUGCCUGGGAUAGCACAGUCCCAGGCAGGGGAGCACAGUAUCCCUGGGCAUUCCUGCUCCACACCAUCCCUGGGCAUCCCUGCCCCUCCCUGUGUCACAAAACAGGCUGUUUUGAGAGGGAGGUGUGUCUUUUCUGCCCUGUCCAGGGAGGUGCCAGGUGCUGUGCAGAGCCACGGGGGCCUGUCCUUGGGUGUGCUGGAGUCCAAAGCUGCUUCACUUCCCAGGUGUGUUCCAGGUCUGGGAUUGGCCACUGGCUCAACGUGUUCUCAUUCCCCUUUUUCCAUGCAGGUAAUGCUCUCCAUUCCCCUGCUGGGCAAGGUUCUGGUACAGACAGUCCUUUCCUACAGCUGUGUUCUGCAGUUGGGAAGGGGCUUGGGUUGAGGGUUUUUGCUUGUUUUGGUAGGGGCCUUGGGGCUGUCGUUGUGCACUUGGCUCUGCUGCCAGUGGAUCUGGCAGGUACCUAAACCAAAGAGCCUGCAUCCUCCUUUUACCUGGCCCUGGGAAGUUGUGCUCAGCCCUGCAGCAGGAGCACGGAGACAGCAUCGAACAGCCCCAUGGGAUGUCAGGAUUAGACCUUGUCUCAUCUCCUAAGCCCCAGAGCUGGUUUGUGUGCUUUAACAGGGGUUUGCUUCAGUCCCCAGCACUCUGCUGGGAGAUGCUGAGCCCCAGGCACCUGCAGCUGCCUUCACCUGGUGUGGCUUUGUCAGCCAGAUGUGGUGGGCAGAGGCCUCCCCCUGCAGCUGCUCCCAGCUGCUGGGAACAGAAAGCAAACACGAGUGCCCACUCCAUGGUGGAACUGCCCAGGCUGUGAUUCCCAGGAAGCUCCUUGGCUGAAGGGAGGAGGCAGGGUGAGAGCACAGGCAGCCCUCCCAGGGAGGGCCAGGCCUUGGCAUCUCCUCCAUUGGCUGAGAACAUUCUUAGUUUUCCUGAAACCAUUUUUUCUUUUGGUUUAUUUCAAGCCCUAGUGAAAGGAGAGGGGAGCUGGCUGAGGCAGAAAUCUCUUUAUGUCCUUCAGUGUUGUUUACAGAUUUGCAUGGGGUCUUUCAACAUGAGUGCGGCGCUUUUUCAACAUAACUUUGAGGGAGAGGGGUGAAAAAGGCUGGGACAGGGAGGGGGAGUCACUGGGGGAGAAGGUUUGGUUCUUUGUUUUUUUUUGUUGGGGUUUUCUUUUUCCUUCUUACAAAGCACAUUCACUUUGAGCCGCUCCCGAUGCUGGACUCUUUUCUCCCUUGCCCCCCAGCCCUACACUGUGAAGUGACACUGCCUUGAAGACCCCUCGCCGUUAUUUAUUUAAUUAAAAACCUAAUUUGAAAGUGA